CUACCGAAGACGCCAUCGUCUCCGCGCGGUCAAAUCAUCGCUCGUUUUCUCAGCCAUCUCCACUUCAUCUCCCUCGUCGCUCUAGCACAAGUCUCGCCUUCCCUUCAACGUUAUCCUGUCGAGUGUACGAUGUCCAACACUAUCAGUUGCGUGACAACACAGCCGACCAACCACCAGUAGUAGGAGUCGCGUCAACAGUUAUGUCAUCUCAGAUGCCGUUCAAUGCUCCUGGUGGGCAUGCGCAGCAGAUGUAUGCUCAUUCCAACCAGAUGAGGACUCAGCCGCAGCAGCACUAUUAUGCAUCGGGCAGAGGAGGCGUGUCACGACAGAACCAUGGGCAGAUAGGGAUCCCUCUAGGCGGUGGACAUGCACACAAUCAUGUUCAGACGGUUCUGUCUCCGACGUCUGGUCAGCCUAUCUAUUCAGCGAUGCCCUAUCCUCCUCCGAAUCAGCAGUAUGUUAUCCCUCAGCAGAUGUAUCUUCAAAACCAGAGACCGUUUCAUGGGUAUCCGCCGCAGCAGCAGGUGUAUUCUGGGGUGCCUCAUCAUCCUGCGCAGCGAAUCGGUUAUUUUCCUCAAGGACACGUGCAGCAGUUUGGUCCGGUUUCUGCUAGUUAUGCUCAGCAUAUGCCCCCGCACGGCCAAUUUAAGUCGCAACAGGUUCAACAACCAGUGAUGCAGCAACCGCAAAGCUUGCCACCACCUAGGAAGUCGACGGCCGUUGUUAUACGUGAUCCGAACACAAACGAAGACGUCACAUCUCAAAUCUUGGCACCAGGACGGGAAAGUUUGUCUUUAGGUUCUACUCCUUCUCCGAACUCAGAAACUCUACCUGCUGGAGAUAAAGGUCAAGCAGCACUGUUAAUGCAGCAGAAGAUAGCUGCGGCGUUAGCUGUAGACAGUGGACCGCAGGGUAAGACGAAUGAAGAGACAGCAGAAAGUGGUCUGAAUGUGGAGGAAGGAAAGCAGCCUGUUGAUGCCCAAACGGUCACUGAAGCUGCCAUGUCUGAUACAGAUGUCGCUGUUAUUAAGGAACGAAAUGUUGAGGUGGAAGAGGUAGCCGGAGUGGAGAAACCGGUUGCUAUAGUUAAGCCUCUUGACGUAACGACAGAUCAGCAGAAAGAUGUUCAAUCGGGUGACGAAACUGUCACUACAGAGGCUCACGUAGCAAUGGAAUUAAAGAUGAAAGGAGAGGGAGACGAUACAGAAGUGAGUGGAGAAGAAUCGGAGUCUGUCGUAAAGUCGGUUGAAAAACCUACUCAGACCGAGUUGGUGUCAUCCAUUGAGUCGUCCACUCAGUCUGAAUCGAUAUCCUCAGUGACACAGUCAGGUGAGUGCCUUACUCAGUCUACAUCAGUGCAGUCAAUGUCGCAGUCGAUUGAGUCUUCCACUCAGAGUGAAUCGUUGCCAUCGAUAUCACAAUCAGAUGAGCCAUGCAAGCAGUCUGAAGUAUCACAGUCGGUGGAGUCUCUUACUGAGUCUGACUCAUUGCCUUCGGUGGUACCAUCAGUUCAGCCUCUCGUUCAAACUGAAUCAUUGCCUGUGAUUCCGGUUGAGGUUGAGGGAGACAACAGAAACGUUGCUGAAGGUAGCAGUCAAUUGGUGGCCAAUUCAGUUUCUGUGGACAUCUAUAUUGCUAAUGAACAACCUACUGUUAGUCCAGCAACAGACAGUCAAGAGGUUGCAGAUUCAUCGGUUUAUAUGGCCGACAGCUUGCUAGGAGCUUCUGUUGAAUCUGAAGGUUACUCGGAUGUUAGUGGAAACAUCUCUCCUGCUCCAGAGUCUUUAGAAGAACGUACUGAUGUGGACACGGGCGUUAUGGCUGUCACCGAUGAUGAGAAAUUGAGAGAACGGAAUGUGCCCGAUGAGGAGAAGGAGAUGCAACACGGAGAGACGGAUGCAGCUAAACUGGCUGCAAGAGGUGAUGCAAGCCCUCGUGAUUCUCCUGUUACUGUGGGUACGAUUGAGGUGGAAAAUGAUGAGGAUGAGGAAGAUGAGGAGGAACAAGAGGAGCAAGAAGUUCAAAGUGCAAAGGGUUCUGAUUUUGUCAUCAUUUAUAGUAAUCCUGAGCAAUGGACGCCCAAGAAUCGUGAAGGCGAGAAGAAAUACAAUCGAGAUUUCUUGUUGCAGUUUCAAAACAAAUGUACAAUGAAACCUCUCUCGCUUCCAAACGUUGACUGUGUCUUGACUCAGAUGGUGCCAUCGACUGCUCACGGGCCACCACGGCAAGCAUUCAACCAAAGGAAGCCUUAUGGGAAAGAGAGAGAUGACCCUUUUGUUCCUCAAUGGCAACAGAAAGACAGAUCUCGGCAACAUCCGAGGCAAAAAGGUCAAGGUGGAAUGCAGAAAGUAAAGAAAGUCAUUCAGCCAGCUCACGAGCCGAUUCAAAUCAAGAGAUCUGAGACUGCCUGGCUUCCGUCUUCUCAACGUAGUGUAGAGCUAGAGGACAAGGAAAGACUUAGGAACGAGGAAGUUGUACGGAAAGCACGUGGUAUUCUCAACAAGCUUACACCCGAAAAAUUUCAUACUCUCACCGAACAAAUGCAACAGCUUGACAUCUCAAGUGAGGAACGUCUCCGCAGUGUUAUUGAUCUUAUAUUUGAAAAGGCAGUAGCAGAGCCUUCAUUCAGUGUCGCGUAUGCCAAUCUUUGUGCAUGUCUCAUGCAAGUCAAGGUAUCCGUUGGAGAGCAAGGUGACACCGAAGGAUCACAAGCGGUUUCCAAUUUGUCGUUUCGGAAAGUUCUUCUUACACGAUGUCAGAAAGAAUUCGAGAAGGAUAAAGAACUGCCUUCGAAACAGAAAAUGCAGGAGCUGAUCGAUGCUUGUGAAACAGAAGAAGAGAAAAUAGCCAAGAAGGAUGAGCUUGAACUGUCGGAAUUCCACGCUCGUAAACGUUCACUUGGUAACAUUCGUUUCAUCGGAGAAUUGUUCAAGUUACAUCUUCUUACCGAGCCGAUCAUGCAUGAGUGUAUUAUGAAGUUACUGACCAAGAGUACUGAUCACGAGUCAUUAGAAUGCAUGUGUCGUCUGAUGACUACAGUUGGUAAAGAUCUUGAUGUACUGAAAGCAAAGACGAGAAUGGAUCAGUACUUUGAUCGUAUCGGGAAGAUCAUAGCUCAGAAGAAGAUGGCAACUCGUGUUCUCUUCAUGCUUCAAGACGUACUUGAACUGCGAAAGAACAAUUGGGUGCCUCGGAGAGAAGACAAUAAGCCAAAGACGCUCUCUCAGAUCAACUUGCAAGCUCAAGCUGAAGAACUUCAUCAACAGAAAACGCUCCAAUUGCAUCAGUCAUCACAGCAGAAAAGUGGCUCAAGCGCCGGACAGUAUGGUGAUCGGAAACGAGGAGUGAUAUCGAAGGAGAGGGAGGCGCAGCUGGUCAGUGGAAGAGUGGCGACACCGCAGAGUGACGAUUCGUGGAUUCUUCAAACCGGAAAGAACAGGCCACCCCCGCCUGUUGAUGCCGCAAAGUUUUCACAAAUUGCCAGCAAGUCUCGCAACGAAACUAAUCGUGUCGGAUCUUCUGCAAGCCUUCGUCCUGCUACAACUAAGCAGUGGGGUCAAGGCAGUCGUGGAUCAGGCUCAAGCAGUCCUUCACUUAAUGACUCACGUAAAGCAGGACGUGGGCGAGGAACUGGUAAAGAGAGCCAAGGUCCUAGACGACCAAGCGGUGGACCACCAAGAGAGAAAAUGGAAAAAGAAAAGAAAGACGUGUUAGCUGCCGUGUCUGACAUCAUUGGUACUCGAUCACAAGAAGCUCUAGCUCCUCAAGCAGAGAAGAAGAGUCGAAGUGCCUCGCCCACUCAGAGCUUUUCAACUGCACUAAUUAGGCAGGAAUCGGAAGAAAUACAGCAGUUGUCUGAUGACGAACUAGAAAAGAAAGUCUUGGCAUUAGUUGAUGAAUACUGCAAUGUAGGUGAUUUGAAGGAGGCAAUAGAAUGUGUGAAGGAUCUUCAUUUACACGAUAGACACAAUCUAGUUGUUAGCCAUGCAGUCAAUUGCACAUUGGAAAGAACUGGAAAGGAUAGGCGGUUGGUAGCUAGUUUGUUGAAGGAACUCCUCAACGAGAAUAUAUUGACAACAGACGAUUAUUUCAAAGGGAUGAAUGAAGUAUUUGAGAGUGCUGACUAUAUGCUACCUGAUAUUCCUUACAUCUGGAGGUAUUUAGGAGAGAGCGUCGGCAUCGUAGCUAUUGGUGGUAAAGUACUGUCUGAUCGAUUACAAGAAGCGAUGAGAUUAGUUAGCGAAUACCCCAAAACCGCUACAUUUGCCGUACAGUUUGUGAGAACAUUGGAAGAGGAACAGGGUCCAGUUGAAAUUGGUCAGAUAGUGCUUGACAUGCUUGUGAGAGAUCCUCUAAAGAGAGCGCUGAUUGAGGCACAAGACAACAAGGACAUCCAUGAAUGGAUCAGGAGAAACUUGUUGAAGGAUGAAUGCAAGAGCCCUCCGGUGAUUAGAGCUCUCACAACAGCAGUGUACUACCCAUCACUAACGAAAGUUGAUGACAGACAAUAUCAGUUUGUUGAAGAAGAGAUAGAAAGUCAGAUAGGCGUAUUAAAAGAAGUGGUUGGUAGUGACGAAGAGCAGCAGCUGAAUGUACUAUUUGGACUUCAGACCCUCACUGCAAAGACAGAACCAGAAGGACUUCUCAGUGAUCUAUUUGAGCAUUGUCAUCAACGUGGAAUCGUGGCUGGUCCAGUCUUUAGGUCGUGGUUGGACAGUAACCUGCCAUUAAGACAUGUUGGAAAACAACGUGCCACUACGGGCUCUAGGCGUUUCUUUGACUUUCUGAAGACUGUUAUUGGGGAUGGAGAAGCUACUUGAUUCAACUAUAUUUUGUCUUCUGUUGUGUAUUGUAGGAUACUGAAUUAGAAUAAACUGUAUUUUUAAUUGAAGGUGGAAGAGGUGAUGAUGACA